GGCCUUGUUCUCUCAGUCGGUGGGCAACAUUCACGUUGAAAAGGCUGUGUAACUUUGCAGUCGCCAUCAUUCGCCCUUGUUCUUUCAGUACACAAAGACCGGCCCACUUUUUCUCUCUUUAUUGUCUUGAAAAUUUCACAGAGCAAAAAGUUCUUUGCACUAUUCCCCCAGUUUUUUAAAGCAAAUCACAUCCUUCAUCACCCAGCACGUUAUUAAAUUCGCCGGCUUUAUUCCUGUUUUUUUUUGUCGUGUUUUAAUCGUGACGUCCAAAAUUUCGCAAACCUUAAAUAAAAUGGAGGUUAUGCCGCUGCCAGUAGCUCUUGAUUUUAGUGAAGAUGUUUGGAACUUGAGCUUAGAAGAUGCAGAGGAGCAGACGGCGAGGGACGUACUUGCAGAAUUAUUGGCUGCUGAAUUGCGCCAAGCUCGAGCGAGGUAUCGCUUGUCCAAUGGUCAGCAACAGCGAGCGCCCAAUGAGAUUUUGUUGCCAGCCGGUAUCCUUCAAUCUAUAGCCAGGGACAUUCUCAACGCAUCAGCGGACGAGCCGUGCGGAAUUAGAGGAUGCAUGGUGUUUAUUGAUUUUGAAGAACCCAACAGCCGCAAUAGCAAUGAUCGGAAGCAACGGAUCGGAGCCGUCAAAUGCCAUCCGUACACGGUCAAUACGUUUGAACUGUACCUGACACUACGGCCACAUACUACGUGGACAUCAAAGCUUCCAUUGUUCCUCCAGAAUCUAGCUUACCGUUCUACAAUGGUCAUUAGUCAAGACUACUCACUGGUGAAACGUAAACUCUUCCGCUCAUCUAGUCAGUAGAGGAAGACAGAAAAAACAAUAUUAUUUAAAGAAAAAAAUGGGGGCAGCUCCUAAAGAGGAAGGGAUCGUCUGCGUGCGAUUUAUCUCGAAAGGAAGUUGGAAAGAUGACUAGUAUGACGACGAGCAAUCUCUUUGCACAGAGGGGUGUGUUCCACCCCCUACAUUACUAUUAUUAUUAUUAUUACUAUUAAUAUUUCUUUCGGGAAGUGUCUUUCAUAUUGGAACAAAGGUAAAAAGAUAAAAAAAAAAUGAUAUUGUGUAUGUGUAAUGUAUAGAGCUCUACAGAGAAAAAUACUGUGUUACUAAGUGCUGAAAAUUUAUGUUUAAAGACGCGAAAAAAAGGUGAAAAGAAAACAAAAAGAAGAGUUCAUCAUCCCAUACAUUUCUACUCGAUAGCAAUCUAUUUCUCGUCCAUAUGUGUGGGUUAAAAUCUGUUUUUUGUCCAAAAAGAAGGAAAAAUAGCAUUUUUUUUGCACCCAAUGUUCCAGCAACAGCAAUAUGUUUAUUUCCAUGAUACUUGUAUACACCACCACCUCUACAGGA